AUACACAGAGAGACACGUGCCCCCGUAAACUGCGCUAUCAGCUAAACUCUAGCCUUUUUUCCCCCCCUCUCGUCCCCACCUUGCUCCACAGAAGUUUUGAAGACGGUCUCCGACAGACAAGCCAGGGAAGAUGAUGAGGUUUUACAUCGCCCUGUUCAUCAGUUCCACUCUCGCCCUGGGAUCCAGCGAACAUCUUUGUCAGCCCAAUCCUUGCCAGAAUGGAGGAUCAUGCCUGACUGGAUUCUCCUCGGAUCCCUACAACUGCCUCUGCGUAGAUGGAUUUUCCGGGGAAAACUGCACUGAGGUAGAACAAGGAAGUGGUGUAGAGGAACACACCGGGCAUACGUUGGAAGACUUAAGGUAUAACGAUGUCACUACCUACACCAGAUUUUCAGGCCCUUGUCAUCCUAACCCCUGUAAAAAUGGUGGUCAGUGUGAAUUAGUAUUGCGCAGAGGUGAUGUCUUCAGUGAGUACAUCUGCAAGUGUCCCACUGGUUUCCAGGGUGAUAACUGUCAAACAAAUAUCAAUGACUGUGCUUCCCAGCCUUGCAAAAAUGGAGGGAGCUGUGUGGAUCUCAAUGCAGAUUACUCAUGUAGUUGUCCGUCUCCGUACGUUGGAAGGUCCUGCCAGCACAAAUGUGUAUCCGCCCUAGGUAUGCAGGGAGGAGCAAUUGAAGACAAUCAGAUCACUGCAUCCUCCACACAUCUGGGAUUCUUGGGCCUAAAACGCUGGCGCCCAGAGCUAGCACGACUUAACAACAAAGGAAUUGUCAAUGCUUGGAGUAUGGCGACCUUUGACCAUAAUCCUUGGUUUCAGGUCGAUUUGCUGAGAAAGAUGCGAAUCACCGGGGUUGUUACCCAGGGUGCCUUGGCUGUAGGCGUACCAGAAUACAUUAAAGCCUUCAAAAUUGCUUAUAGUUUUAAUGGCAUAAGCUUCAACACUUUCAAAGACAGUGACGGAAACACAGAUAAGAUAUUUACUGGAAAUCACAACAACAAUGACCUGAAGAGCAAUCUAAUCAACCCCCCCAUCAUGGCUCGGUACAUUCGCCUCCUUCCAGUGGUGUGUCAGAGAGCCUGUACUCUGCGCAUGGAGCUAAUUGGCUGUGAACUGAACGUUUACUUAAACACAACAGGUUGCUCGGAACCACUCGGGAUGAAAUCAAGGCUCAUCAGGGACAGGCAGAUUACUGCUUCAAGUACAUACAAAAUGUGGGGGAUCGACGCUUUCACCUGGGCACCGUGCUUAGCGCGGCUGGACAAACACGGAAAAACCAAUGCCUGGACGGCUGAGUUCAACGACCGAUCACAGUGGCUUCAGAUUGAUCUCCUUGUUCCUAAAAAAAUCACUGGCAUCAUUACUCAAGGAGCAAAGGACUUUGGAGUGCAUCAGUAUGUGAAAUCCUUUAAAAUUGCCCACAGCAAUGACGGAAAGUCUUGGACUAUUUACAAGGAUAGCAUUACAAGAAGAGAUAAGGUGUUCCAGGGCAACCACGACAACUACAACCACAAGCGCAACAUUUUUGAUCCACCGUUCUAUGCACAGUUUGUCCGGAUCUUGCCUCAGACCUGGCAUGAGCGCAUCACUCUCCGCAUGGAGCUGCUGGGAUGUCACGAAUAGACCUUGCUUCCUGCUUGCGAUAGAGGGUUAUUUGAUAUGUAUUCUGCUGAUCGGCAUCACUGUAUUGUACCUCUUAUACACACUGGAAUGCCAGCUUCAUUCUAUGAUAAUCUCUUCAUUACCACAGACCAAUGACUAUUAGAAAGCAAGAAAACCUGUUUGUAGUGUUCUUCCCCUUCAUUAGUGACCUUUUGACAUUUAGUCCCCACUUCCCUUUGACCUCAGAAUCCAACGAUUGUCAAGGGUCACUAAUGAGAAUCCCUGUUGGCAAACCAAAGCAGGGGAGUGAUAGAGAGGUCAGGUUACCUGAUUAUCUGCAGAGAAUGGUUCCCGAACCUGGGGUCCAUAGGCCCCUUGGUUAAUGGUAGGGGUCCAUAAGGUCAGGGACCCCUGAGUGAAAGAGAUCUUUCAGAAUGAGAUGGUUGGGUCCUCUGAUCAUCGUCCUGUGGAGAAGUGCCUGACUUUCCACUUGAGAAUUCUGUGGAGCAUUGAGGCUAAAAUCGGGAGCUUAUUCUUGCCGGGGGAAGCUCAAGUAGACACCAGUGCCUCAUGGCUUCCUGUAGAAGAUUCUUAAAUGAUUGGCCACGUUUCCUCCAGAAUAUCUGUAAGUGAUUGGCCAAGCUUCCCCGAGAAUAUCCUUAACUGAUUGGCCAAGAUUCCCUGAGAAUAUCCUUAAAUGAUUGGCCAAGAUUCCCUAGAAUAUCCUUAAAAGAUCUGCCAUUGAAUUAACUUCUGCUGCCUCUUCAAUGUGAGAAAGCAGGAAGGAUAUUUCACAAUAUCAUAUUGGCAAGAAAAUAUUAAGCUGCAUGAUCUUCAUUAAUCUUGAUUAUGGAAUAUAUUCCCUCAUAAAGAUUUAACCUUAUAGAGGUGGGAAUAUUUUAGCUUCCUGCAGUAAUAUGAAAUCGGUAAUUUCAGAUCAAAUGAGAAUUGUCCAGCUUUAUUGAUCACCACACAUGCUGAUUUCUGUGGAAUCUGAGGAAAAAAUUUCAAUCUUCCAGGUCAAAAUUGUUCAUUUCCCAAAUCACUCAAAGUGAAACUGACCUCCAUUAUCUCCUUAACCAUAUUAUGAAAGUUUUAGUAGCCACUUUGCUUUGGAGCUUAUUCUUAUGUGCAAAACACUGGGCCAAAGUAAAUGGGUCCCCUUUGCAGUACGAAGAGUUUAAGAGAGAUUGUGAUCGGUGCAUUGGUACAAAAGGUGGGAGAUCAAGAACAUAUAUCUGUACACAACAGCUAGAUCCAACUUUGAGCCAGGCAUGGUCGAUGGAAGGUUAUCAUGGCAGUUUGAUAGCAUCAGUCGGUAUUGACAUCUUGAGGUAAAAGAACAAAUAUCCUGCACUAAUGACAACAGAUAUUUUUCAGGCAUGGAAGGAGUCUGACAUGAUCUGUCGAAAAGCUCAGAAUGGAAGUUGGUAGAUUUUUGAUGGAAACGUUAUUAAAUGGUACAGAAUAAAGUAUAAAUUGUCUAGGAUACAGCAUUUAUCAUCUAAUUGGAUGGUGGAACAUGUCUUGAGAGUGAAUGGUCUCAUCCCCUGCCCGUGUUCCUAUAUGGAGAGCUUUAAUCGUUGGACAGGUACAGUGUCCCAAUUUACCGCUGUUACCUCAUUCACUACAAGAGAAAGAGAGAAGGAAAUUGUCAACAAACCUCUCAGACAGGUGCUUGUGGUUAAGGAUGAAGCAAAGUUAGGCCAAUUUAGAAUCCGCAGACUCGACCACGGGGAAGGCAGGGUAUGCUUGACUGGAUGGAUGGUAUUAUCAGUGGGUAUCAGCCUCCUGUAUAUUGGUGAAACCCGACAUAGAUUGGGAGAGCACUUCGACAAGCACCUAUGCUUCGUUUGCCAGAGAACGCAGGAUCUCCCAGUGGCCACCCAUUUUAAUUCCACUUCCCAUUCCCAUUCCAACAUGUCAGUCCAUGGCCUCCUCUACUGUCAUGAUGAAGCCUCACUCAGGUUGGAGGAGCAACACCUCAUAUUCUGUCUGCGUCGCUUCCAACCUGAUGGCAUGAACAUCGAUUUCUCGAACUUCCAAUAAUGCUCCAGCUAUCUCCUUUACCAUUCCCCAUUUCCAUUCUUCCUCUCUCACCUUAUCUCCUUGCCUGCCCAUCACCUCACUCUGGUGCUCCUCCCCCCUUUUCUUUCUUCCAUGGACUUCAGUCCUCUCAUCAGAUUCCCCAAUCUCCAGCUAUAUUCCUCUUUCACCAAUCAAGUUUUCAGCUCUUUACAUCAUCCCUCCCUCCUCCCAGAUCCACCUAUCACUUCAUGUUUCUUCCUUCCCUCCUCCCACCUUCAUACUUGACGACUCAUCUCUUUUUCCAGGCCUGAUGAAGGAUGUCAGCCCGAAACAUUGACUAUGCUCUUUUCCAUAGAAGUUGCUUGCUGAGAUCAUCCUGCAUUUUGUGAGUGUUGGUUGGACUUCCAACGUCUGCAGAUUUUCUUUUGGUUGUGGAUGGAUAAGUGGGUGGUUUAUGCACUGGUGGGCUCCAGCUAUUUUCACUGGGCUUUUCUGUAUUCACUCCAAAAAGACUGAAGACUCUCAAUACCUUCUUGGAUGCUGCCCCUCCAUAUUAAUCGUUUUGAAAUUAGGGAUUCUUGGUCCGUGAUCAUGUUAAUUUUUUUCCAAGGAUGCUUUGAGCUCAUUCCUAAAGCACUUCUUGUCCUCCCAGUAAUGUGUGGCUAUGACUACUGGUGGGCCCUCUCGUGGAUUCAGUUGUGUGUAAUUAGAGCCUCAGUGCUGGGGUUAGUCAGCCUGGGAGAGGACGCUGAUAAUGGUUCAUCUACAGUGCCAAUGGAUUUGGAGUUUCCUGUGGAGAGAUCAUUGUUGGUAAUUUCCAGUUCUCUGGGGCAUCUGCUAUAGGAACCAAAGGUGAGAAGUCACUGCUGCUUUGUGUUAGAUCUGACAUCUUGCUCCUCAGGCGCUCUGGUCUUUGGAUGUCUGAAAGCCGUGUUAGCGCUCCGCAGAUGAUGUCAACGUCGGCAUCUGCUGACAGGUGGCUGCUAGGCUGUGGAGCGUGAGCCAGCUUUACAAGUAUCAUCAUGGACCUCCAUUGUCAGGGGACGGUGUUGUGUGAUAAAGGCAAGUUGGUAAAGGACCCUUUUCCUGCAAGUUCAGAGCAAGAUCCAUCCUCCCACAUACUUCACACCAUGACAACUUGGAUCCUCAAGUCCGAGUGUUUACAUGUGAAAGUAUUUCUCUCUACUACUGCUCUGAAUGAGGUUGGGUGAAUUUUGAUCCGGAUAUGCUGUAGGAUGAACAGUUCACAAUCAUUUUAUGGAAUAGCUCCAUUCCUACGAGAAACUUGAAAGAUUACCACAACAUUAUGGUGAAAAGAUAUUGGAGUGAUGAUACACUGUAGCACUUGUCUACACUGUAUGUCACAACUUAGAAAGACACCAUUGGACAUUCCACUCAAGUUAGAAUUGAGGGUGACUUCCUGUGUUGUAUUUGUAAACCAUCAACUCCCAGGCCAAUUUACUUAACAGUCAUGUGCACUUUUUUUUUGUAGCUGUGUUUUUCAACCCAAAGAAAUUAGAGGAUGGGGUGGGUGAAUGGUUGAUGGGAGACUGGUGGGUUUGAGGGCACUAGCACCUUACCAUGAACCACUACACAUUCACAAAAUGUCCAUGCAAAAAUUCUCCCCAAAAUAAUUUACCAGACUUUAACAUAUAGAGUUAUGCUUUUCCUAUAAGUAACCCCUUAUAAAACAAUGUGGGCUUCCCUGGUAUUUAUUGACUUGCUUAUUAAAUCAGGUCACAAGUUAUUGCACUUUAACUUUUCUUCAGAUCAAAUGUUGGUUGUGGAUAACUUAGUCUGCGAAUGGGAAAUUUCAACUAUUAAUUAAUUUGCUGAUGUAAUUAUAAUUUACAUCUUUAUUUUACUUUAAAGCAAUUAUGAUAUUUUUGCUUGCAUCAUAGACCAGGUUGCUCUCUUCAGUUAGCUGAUGAGGUAACCAUAGCUUUUCGCCAGGGGCAGAUGAUGUCAGGUGGUGCCCAACCUUCACAGAGUGUUUCGACCCCUAACCACUACACUCUCCAGUUGGCAAGUCAGCAGUGGUGGCAAAGUCACUGCCCCAUCUGCUCCUGAUUUCCAGCUCAACAACUCUUGUCUGCUCCAUAUCCAGCAAGAGGCUCUUUCAGCUUCCUACCCAUCCUGCGAGCGGUUUGGUUCUUACUCUUUUCAAAAAGGCCCAGCACAGACACAGCAACCUCCAUGCUGACCCUCCCAGGAACUCUCUACAGCCGAUCUCUAUGGGGAUUAGCCACGUCUUUUGUCCCUCUACUCCUGAACUAAAGAUUGGUAUAAAGUCCCUGUGAAAGUUUGCAGCAAUGUGUAGAGUGACUGAAUCAAUGGAAUAGGUAUUGAAAUAUAAUUAAUUGAUCGGGAAAUUUAAGAUUCCAGAUAGUUUAGUUUCAGAGUCUGCACUGUGGAAUAUUUGUGCUGUCAACACAAAUUGGUAUGAUGGACUCCCAGAGACUGUUUUCAGUGAUGUGCAGCAGAACAAGGCUGAACAGAUAUAAAAAUGGCUGAAUUCUCGAGGCUCUUUGGACUACCUUUGUAGAUUCACAGAUCACUAAUACUGAACAAAAUACUUCAUGAAAAUGCUGCAUAUCUGUAAUGAAGACUGAAAAAGUUGUAAGUGCUCCAAAGGUCAGGAUAUCUGUGGGGAGAGAGCUGAACUGUCUAGAAUUUAUGAUCAAUGAGAAAACACAUACCAGCUCUCAGACCCUUGGCCCUGUUUCUCUCUCAAUUCUAGUGUCAGCUGUUAAUUCAAUGGAAUCGCUGGCAGGCAGUCAGUACAAUGCCAACAAACUCACUGAGAAGCUAGUCACAGACAGAAAACUGGAAAGGCCAAAGACAGCGGAGCAGAAUUAGACCAUUCAGCCCAUCAAGCCUACUACAUCAUUUGGUCAUGGCUGUUUUAUUUUCCCUCGCAACCACAUUCUCCUGCCUUUCUCCGUUAUCCUUGACACCCUUACUAAUCAAGAACCUAUCAACAUCUUUAAAUAUACCCAAUGACUUGGUCUCCAUAGCUCUAUGUGGCAAUGAAUUCCACAGAUUCACCACCCUCUGGCUAAGGAAAUUCUUCCUCAUUUCUCUAUAAAGGGACAUGCUUCUGUUCUGAGGUUGUGCCUUUGGUCUAGGCUCUUCCAUUAUUAGGUGUCCUCUUUUAGUAUUUGGUAGGUUUCAAUGAGAUCCACCCUAGUUCUUCUGGACUCCGGUGAGUACAGGUCUAGAGCCAUCAUGUGUCCACAUUAACCUUUUCAUUCCUGGGUUCAUUAUUAAUUGAGACGCAGCAUGGAAUAGACACUUCCCAUCCUUCAACCCAAGUCACCUAGCAACUUCCCAGUUUAAUCCUAGCCAAAUCAUGGGACAUUUUAGAAUGCCCAAUUGACCUACCAACCGGUAUGUCUGUGGUCUGGACGGAAACCGGAGCACCCACAGGAAACCAUGCGGUCUCACGGAGAACGUAGAAACUCCUUACAGGCAGCUGUGGGAACCUUUGUGAACCUUCUCUGGACCCUCUCUGCCUAAGCCAGCAAAUCUUUUUUUUAGAUAGAGGUCCAAAGACAUUGGGGAUAAUUUUGCUUUGGAAAUUUGAAUGGGUAGAAUGAAAAACGUUGAGCAAAGGCUGUGGAGAGGAUUAACUUAAUGAAAUGAAGUCCAUGAUAAUGGGGAUUGUUUGUCUGAAUUGGUGACAUGGAGGGAUUAGGGUCCACGAUAAGAUUUCUUACAGACAGCAAUGUGAUGAUCACUGGCACUGCAAAGCAAUUGUGCUAAAUGCUGCGCUCCAUCCUGCCCAACAACUUGACUUCAAUUUUAUUGGUGCCUCUCUUUCAAGUCCUAUGUUAAUACUAAGACCAUAACAUAUAGGAGCAGAAUUAGCCCAUUUGACCCAUCGAGUCUGCUCCACCAUUUCAUCAUGGCUGAUCCAUUUCCCUCUCAGCCCCAAUCUCCUGCCUUCUCCCCAUAUCCCUUCAUGCCCUGACCAAUCAAGAAGUUGUCAACCUCUGCCUUAAGUAUACCCAAUGACUUGGCCUUCAUAGCCUCUUGUGCAACAAAUUCCACAGAUUCACCACUCUCUGGCAUUUGGACUGGGGAACAAUAUGCAUCACUGAAUUGAAACUUGGAAUCAUACAAUGCAGAAGAAAGCAAUUUAUUCCAUCAGUCGCUGAUGGUUCUUUGAAGGAACUGUCCCAUUGCUCCAAAGUACUUUGUUCUUUCCCUGUGCAUACUCAAGCUUAACAGGAACGUGUCUGUGUGUGCCGGUGAGGUCUAGAAUGCCUUUUGUACUAAAUGCAUACCAAAUUCUUUCUGUGACUGACAAGGUAACCUUUUGAAGAUAAAUGCCUCACAAAUUAUGCUACAACAUUCUCUUCAUGAAUCAGAAUCAGGUGUAUUAUCACUGACAUUGUAACGAGAGAGCUGUCGAUGGUGAUAAACCCAAGUGCAGAGUAAGGUCUAGAAUUAACUCCGAUUAGACUUGAAAUGAACAAGACUACACAAGUGAAAUCCAAAGGCAAAAUCACAAACAGUAGAACUAGAAAUCGAACUCAUGAUUGAGCAGUGAGUGCUCAGCAUGAGCCCUCAAAGGACAGAUUUUCCACGAAGGAAUGUGGCAGUCAAUAAUUGGCCGUCUGAGUCUUAAAGGGACAGCGGCAGCUAACCAUUCUCUGGGGAAUUGGAGUGGCAAAACCUGAAUGCCUGCUGCUAUUUAGUUGGGACCAGGACAGACAUUUGUAAUGAGAUUCAUUGUUUUGUGACAGCAUUACAGUACAAUGCACAAAAAAAAACUCCUCUGUUACAAUAAGAAACACAUUAAAAAGUAGUCCAAAAUGAGAGAAAAAUAGUGCGGUAGUGUUUGUGGGUUCAUGAAUCAUUCAGAAAUCUGAUGGCAGAGGGAAAGAAGUGAAUCCUAAAAUGUUGAGCUCCCUACCUCCUCCCUGAUGGGGGUAAUGGGAGAAGGUCAUGGCUUGGAUGGAUGAGGAUGGCAAUUACCGAUAUACUUUGGCUUUUCUGUUCAUAUUUUGAAAAGAAGGCAAGAUAUAUUUUAAGUAACCCCUUUCACUGCCAAAUGAAAAGCGAACAACAUUUUAUUGGUCGAUAGAAUUGGCUGACUGAUGUCCUACAAAUAUAUCACAAGGUCAUCAUCUUGAAAAGCAUCAAACGGUUUCAAUGAAGACGAGAGGAAUUGAAUGAACUGUACUCAUGCUGAAUUUUCUUAAACAUCUUGCCUGCUCUAAAUUUAUUACAAGAAAUGACUCCGUUUGUAUGGUAGGGUGUAAAACACAAUGUACACUCCUCCACUCUCUGUAAACUGAUUUAUGUAAGAACUAACUCCACUGAUUUCUCUUUAUCAUUGGUGCAAGCAUUAAAGGGGAUUAAACCAAA